AUCAGCGCUAUCACAUAAUCAUUUUACACUUACAUUUUUAAAUCUUUGCUGUGACGCUUGUUUCUGAGUUAAUUAAAAGUCGUUGGCGUGCAUAAAUUACUGUCGAAAUGUUAGCACGUGCAAUCCGUAUGCGCUCCAUGCUGCGCGGCCUGUCCACAAUGGCUGCGUGCACCCGCAAUCGUCAUGCACAGAAUUCCAUGCUUGAGUAUUUCAACGAGGUGCGGCUGCUGCGAUUCAAGGGGGCUGCGUCUGUGGCCCAGACACAGCGAUUCUUUAGCCGCAAGCGUGGCGAUCCCGAAGAUGAUAUGAUGGCGGAGGCAGAGCCCGAACUAUUGGCGGAUCAUCGCGAUUCGCAACAGCUGCCGGCAACAGUUGCCGUCCCAGAUGUUUGGCCUCAUGUGCCUAUGCUGGCAAUGCGCCGGAAUCCUCUGUUUCCGCGAUUCAUGAAGAUCGUUGAGGUCUCGAAUCCGAUAAUCAUGGAUUUGCUGCGUCGCAAAGUGAAGUUGAAUCAGCCGUAUGUUGGCGUCUUUCUGAAGAAAUCCGACGGCGAAGAGGAAAUUAUACAUAAUCUGGAUGAUGUUUAUGCUGUCGGCACCUUUGCACAAAUCCAGGAACUGCAGGAUUUGGGCGACAAGCUGCGUAUGGUUGUUGUUGCCCAUAGACGCAUCAAAAUCACUGGGCAAGUGGUGGAGGAUGUUCAGCCGCCUUCCAAGCCAGUGAAAAUGACAACUUUGCAUUAUCCAAUAUUUAAUAUAAAAUUACGCAUCCCAGCCGAAGAUCAGACGACUGCGGAUGCGGAUGCAGAUGCAGCAUCGAAAACGGGCAGUCGCAACGCUCGAAAAACUCGUGGACGCGCUCCCCGUCGACAAACCCACAAGCUGCGCGAUGCGGCAGCUGCUGAAGAGAUUGUGCAGCGCCAGACGCUGGAGUCGCCACUGCCUAGCGGUCGUGUGACGCCAACUGCAACGCCCAAGUCGCCCACAGCGACAGCAGGCGAGACUGCGACAGCCGAUGAAGAAGCGGCAGAAACUGUCAAAAAGGACAAGGAAACAUCCAGUGGUUCAACUUCUCCGCCUGUACUGAUUGUAGAGGUGGAGAACGUCAAGCAACCGGCGUAUAAGCAAACUGAAGAGGUCAAGGCCCUAACGCAGGAGAUUAUCAAGACCUUGCGCGAUAUUAUCACCAUGAAUCCACUGUACAGGGAAAGCUUACAGCAGAUGCUGCAUCAGAAUCAGAGAGUGGUUGACAAUCCCAUCUAUUUGUGUGAUCUGGGCGCCUCACUUUCAGCUGGUGAACCAGGCGAGCUGCAAAAGAUUCUAGAGGAAACAGAUAUACCCCAAAGACUGUUGCUCGCAUUAGCAUUGCUCAAGAAGGAAUUAGAGUUGUCGCGAUUGCAGCAAAAGAUUGGACGCGAAGUGGAGGAGAAGGUCAAGCAGCAACAUCGCAAAUAUAUACUCCAAGAACAGCUGAAGGUCAUCAAAAAGGAGCUAGGCAUUGAAAAGGACGACAAGGAUGCCAUUGGAGAGAAAUAUCGCGAGAAACUCAAGGACAAAACGGUGCCGGAGAGCAUCAAGACAGUUAUUGACGAGGAGCUGACCAAGCUGAACUUCUUGGAGAGUCACAGCUCUGAAUUUAACGUUACACGCAACUAUUUGGAUUGGCUCACCUCACUGCCUUGGGGCGUCAUUAGCCCCGAAAACCUGUGCCUGGACAAGGCAACCGAAAUCCUUAAUAACGAUCAUUAUGGCAUGGAAGACAUCAAGAAGCGCAUCCUGGAGUUUAUUGCCGUUAGUUCGCUGAAGGGCACAACGCAGGGAAAAAUCUUGUGCUUCCAUGGUCCGCCCGGAGUGGGAAAGACGAGCAUUGCUAAGUCCAUAGCACGAGCAUUAAAUCGUGAAUAUUUCCGAUUCAGUGUCGGUGGCAUGACGGAUGUGGCCGAGAUUAAGGGCCAUCGACGAACCUAUGUAGGCGCGAUGCCAGGAAAACUCAUACAGUGUCUGAAGAAAACGAAAACUGAGAAUCCACUUGUGCUCAUUGAUGAGGUGGACAAGAUCGGCAAAGGCUAUCAGGGUGAUCCCAGCUCCGCGCUGUUGGAAUUGUUAGAUCCAGAGCAAAAUGCCAACUUCCUUGACCAUUAUUUGGAUGUGCCUGUGGAUUUGUCCCGUGUACUAUUCAUUUGCACAGCGAAUGUGAUCGACACCAUACCCGAACCUCUGCGCGAUCGCAUGGAACUCAUCGAAAUGUCCGGUUAUGUGGCCGAGGAGAAGGUGGCCAUUGCCCGACAAUACCUGAUACCACAGGCCAUGAAGGAUUGCGGCCUAACCGAAAAGCACAUUAACAUAACUGAAGAUGCACUGAAUAUGCUCAUACGAAGCUACUGUCGUGAGUCUGGCGUGCGUAAUCUUCAGAAACAGAUCGAGAAAGUCAUACGCAAGGUGGCCUACCGCUUGGUCAAGAAGGAGGGCGAGGAAUUCCCUGUGAAUGCCGACAAUUUAACAACGUUCCUGGGCAAACAAGUGUUCAGUUCCGAUCGCAUGUAUAACACAACGCCACCUGGCGUGGUCAUGGGAUUGGCCUGGACGGCCAUGGGUGGCUCAUCUUUGUACAUUGAAACCUCCAGGCGUCACAUACGCGCCGAAAAGCCCGAAACGAACACAGGCACAUUACACUUGACUGGCAAUCUGGGCGAUGUGAUGAAGGAAUCCGCACAAAUUGCUCUCACCGUGGCGCGCAACUUUUUGUACACUCAUGCUCCUAACAAUAAGUUCCUAGAGCAAGAACACAUUCACCUGCACGUGCCUGAAGGUGCAACACCAAAGGAUGGACCUAGUGCCGGUGUAACCAUAAUUACAGCCUUGAUUUCACUGGCAACAGGAAAGCCAGUGCGUCCAGAUGUGGCCAUGACGGGUGAGGUCUCCCUUAAGGGAAAGGUUUUGACUGUGGGAGGCAUCAAGGAGAAAGCCAUUGCGGCUCGUCGCAGCGGUGUCACCUGCCUUAUUUUACCCGCUGACAAUAAGAAGGACUUUGAGGAGCUGCCCAGCUUCAUUACCGAUGGCUUAGAAGUUCACUUCGCCAGUGACUAUGACGAUGUCUACAAGAUUGCCUUUGCCGACACAGAGUUUACAACUGCAGAGACCAAAUUCACAUCUGUGGGUCAGCGCGAAAAGAUUCCCAGCGCUGCCACAGCCACCUCAUAGUUAUGGCCACUAAGUUUAAGCUAAGCAUUGGGUUGGGCCUUGGGGACACAGACCGAGUUCUUACAUACUGUUUUAGAAAUGGAUACUGUUACCAAGUUUUUAAGUAUAUAUAUAUAUGUUAGGUAUAUGUAUUUAGAUCAAAGCAUUUGUUGAGUUAAUGCAAAGUAAAUUGAAUGUCGAUAU